CCUUGAUUAAAGUCGUCUUAAAGACUUGAAAGUUGUGUAAGAACGUUAUCAUUCGGUCCUAUCCUACAGAAGAUGUUGUAUUGACUAGCGGUCUUCGCACAUUGUACCUUUAGCCAACAUGGCGGCAUCGCUGGGUCGGGUUUGUAAAUCUGGACUUUUAAAGACGAAUUAUGGCACGUUAUUUGGGCAGCCUGCUUAUAAUUUUUCAACAGGAAAACAAUGGUCAAGGGGUAGAAAAAUGUUGUUAACAUGCCUGAGUGUAACAGCAGGGGGUAUUAGUGCAUUAAUUUAUGGAUUGGAGAAUUCUGUAAAAGCUUCUGAAGGUGCUCAUGUUCCAAAUUACCCAUGGAGUUUUUAUGGGCUAAUCAACUCAUUAGAUCAUGCAAGUAUGAGACGAGGAUGGGAGGUAUACAAGAAUGUGUGUUCAGCGUGUCACAGUCUGCAAUUUGUAGCUUACCGUGAACUUGUUGGUGUUACACACACCGAACAAGAAGCGAAAGCUAUCGCAGAAGAAGCUCAGGUACAAGAUGGUCCUGAUGAUACAGGAGCUAUGUACAUGCGUCCGGGUAAAUUAUCUGACUAUAUUCCAUCACCAUAUCCAAAUGAAGAAGCUGCUAGAGCAGCUAACAAUGGUGCCUAUCCACCAGAUCUAACCUACAUUGUCAAUGGAAGACAUAAUGGAGAAAAUUAUGUGUUCUCUUUGUUAACUGGCUACUGUGAUCCACCAGCUGGUGUAAAAAUUUCAGAAGGUCAGUAUUUCAAUCCAUACUUCCCAGGAGGAGCUCUUGGUAUGGCACAGGUGAUCUUCGAUGAAGUCUUAGAAUUUAGUGAUGGUACACCAGCAACUGCUUCGCAAGUAGCAAAGGAUAUAACCACAUUCCUUAUGUGGACAUCAAACCCUGAGUACGAUGACAGAAAGAGAAUAUUUAUUAAGGGAUUUACUAUAUUACUGGCGCUAACGGCAUUAACAUACUGCAUGAAAAGACACAAGUGGACAACAGUAAAGAGUACCAAACUACUUUUCUCUCCUAAAACGAGGAAGCAAUAAAUACAGUCUGAAUAUAAAUAACUUCAGAGAUUAGAUCAAAGAAAACAAUUCGACGGUGUUAGCAUGCUAUAAUGGAAUGUAGUUUUAUAACUUAUUUGAAAGUUGCGGCAUCAUUGAAAACAUAAUCGCACGCAAACUGACAUACGUACACGUAAUCGUCAGUCGACAGUCAAUCAACUUACUAACUUACUCAUUGUACAUAUAACUACAAUCUAUGAUACCAUCGUCUGGUUUAAAUAAAUUG